AUGAUCCAGACAGUGACUGCCUCAUUGCGCUUGAAUGUCGCACGUUCUUUUUUGAGAGUUCGUCCUACCUUAGUCAGAAGCUAUGCUGCUGCCUUUGACCGUUCGAAGCCCCACGUGAAUGUGGGUACCAUUGGUCACGUUGAUCAUGGUAAAACCACUUUGACUGCUGCCAUUACCAAGGUUUUGUCAGAAGCCGGUGGUGCUAACUUUUUGGACUAUGGUUCCAUUGAUAGAGCUCCAGAAGAAAGAGCUAGAGGUAUUACCAUUUCCACUGCUCAUGUUGAAUACGAAACUGCCAAGAGACAUUAUGCCCAUGUUGAUUGUCCUGGUCACGCUGAUUACAUUAAGAAUAUGAUUACUGGUGCUGCUCAAAUGGAUGGUGCUAUUAUUGUUGUUGCUGCUACUGAUGGUCAAAUGCCUCAAACCAGAGAGCAUUUGUUAUUGGCUAGACAAGUUGGUGUUCAACAUUUGGUUGUUUUCGUUAACAAGGUUGAUACUAUUGAUGACCCUGAAAUGUUGGAAUUGGUUGAAAUGGAAAUGAGAGAAUUGUUAUCUGAAUAUGGUUUUGAUGGUGAUAACACACCAGUUAUUAUGGGAUCUGCUUUGUGUGCUUUGGAAGGUAGAGAACCUGAAAUUGGUAAGGAAGCUAUUGUAAAGUUAUUGGAUGCUGUUGAUGAACAUAUUCCUGUUCCUCAAAGAGAUUUGGAACAACCUUUCUUGAUGCCCAUUGAAGAAACUUUCACUAUUUCUGGUAGAGGUACUGUUAUUACCGGUAGAGUUUCUAGAGGUUCAUUGAAGAAGGGUGAAGAAAUUGAAAUUGUUGGCUUCAACGAUAAGCCUAUCAAGACCAUUGUCACUGGUAUUGAGAUGUUCAAGAAGGAAUUGGAUUCAGCUAUGGCUGGUGAUAACGCUGGUAUCUUGUUGAGAGGUAUCAAGAGAGAAGAUGUUCAAAGAGGUAUGGUUGCUGCUAAACCUGGAUCUGUCACUUCUCAUAAGAAGGUUUUGGCUUCUAUGUAUAUUUUGAGUAAGGAAGAAGGUGGACGUCAUUCACCAUUUUCAGAAAAUUACAAGCCUCAAUUCUUUAUUAGAACCACUGAUGUUACUGGUGUUGUUACUUUCCCUGAAGGUGAAGAUCACUCCAAGCAAAUCUUCCCUGGUGAUAACGUUGAAAUGGUUGUUGAAUUACAAAAGAAGGUACCAUUGGAACUCAACCAAAGAUUCAACAUCAGAGAAGGUGGUAAGACUGUUGGUACUGGUAUGAUCACCAGAAUCAUUGAGUAA